GCAGUGAAACGCAACGACUAAAGAGAGUGGAGGAGAGGAGGAAGGAGGAUGAUGGGAGCGAUGAUUAUUGCUGCACACAAGUGACCCACAUCUUACAGUAGACCCACAUAUUAUCUAGACUUGUUCUUGUACUCGAGGAUUUUCUUCACCACCAAGAUGUCGGCGUCGGCGAUUUUCAUCCUCGAUCUGAAGGGAAAGGUGCUGAUCUGUCGUAACUACAUGGGGAACAUGGACAUGAAUGAGAUUGACCACUUCAUGCCCAUCCUGAUGAAGAGGGAAGAAGACGCUGAGAUGACACCCCUGGUCAGCCAUGGCUCUGCACACUUCAUGUGGAUCAAACACAGCAACCUUUACUUGGUGGCGAUGACCAAGAAGAAUGCCAACGCUGCUCUUGUGUACUCCUUUCUUUAUAAAAUAAUACAGGUAUUUAAGGAGUACUUUAAGGAGCUUGAGGAGGAGAGCAUUCGUGACAACUUUGUGACGGUUUACGAGCUGAUGGACGAAGUGAUGGACUUCGGCUUCCCUCAAACAACUGACAGCAAGAUCCUUCAAGAGUACAUCACCCAGCAGGGUCAUAAAUUAGAGGUAGGGGCUCCUCGACCUCCUGCCACCGUCACCAACGCUGUGUCUUGGCGGUCAGAGGGCAUCAAGUACAGGAAGAACGAAGUUUUCAUGGACGUCAUUGAGUCAGUAAAUCUGCUGGUGAGCGCCAAUGGCAGCGUCCUACGCAGCGAAAUAGUGGGAAGCAUUAAGCUCAAAGUGGUCUUGUCGGGGAUGCCUGAACUCAGACUGGGCCUCAAUGACAAAGUGCUGUUUGAAAUCACAGGCAGAGAGAAGAGUAAGACAGUGGAGCUGGAGGAUGUGAAGUUUCAUCAGUGUGUCCGUCUGUCACGCUUUGAGAACGACCGCACCAUUUCGUUCAUCCCCCCUGACGGCGAGAGCGAGCUUAUGUCCUAUCGCCUUAACACUACAGUGAAGCCUCUCAUAUGGAUCGAGAGUGUGAUUGAGAAGUUCUCUCACAGCCGUGUGGAGAUCAAGGUGAAGGCUCGGAGUCAGUUUAAGAGUCGGUCCACUGCCAACAACGUGUCCAUUAUGGUGCCAGUGCCCAGUGAUGCUGACUCACCCAAGUUCAAGACUAGCACAGGCAGCGCCAAGUGGGUGCCCGAGAAGAGCGCCGUGCAGUGGAACAUCAAGUCUUUCCCUGGUGGUAAGGAGUACAUCAUGCGGGCGCACUUUGGGCUACCCAGUGUGGAAAGCGAUGAAUUGGAGGCGAAGAGACCAGUCACAGUUAACUUUGAGAUCCCCUAUUUCACUGUGUCUGGAAUUCAGGUGCGUUACCUAAAGAUCAUUGAGAAGAGCGGUUACCAGGCGUUACCAUGGGUGCGCUACAUCACACAAAGUGGAGAUUACCAGCUCCGGACAAACUAAAGGGCACAGAUGCUGCUAGACGAAUGGAUAUUUUCUCUCUCUGUCUGUCUUCCUCUCUCCUCUCCUCUCCUCUCUCUGUUUCUCCAGCUCCCCAUCUGCACUGGACAGCAGAGGACAAGCGCAGGAGGACACAUGAAUUUUUUUUUUUUUUUUUCCCAGUCUGAGUGGAAACAAGACAUCACCCCUUCCUCUAAGACUAAAUCAACUCAGAUGGGAAAGGCUGUUGCAUCACCUCUGACCUGUGAUUCUGUGUUUUCUAAGGGUUCCUCAGGACUCCAAUAAAAUGUUUUAAUAUGUGAGUAAUGAACCGAUGACUUUGUGACACUGUCUGGUUCUGGCAGGCUCUCAUUUCCUCACUUUUGAUGUGAUAUCCCUCAAGGUUAAUUUAGAGAAGAAUUUGGGGAACAAACCAUUAUUUUUUAAUCAAGUUUUCCUCAGAAAGGGAAAAAAAUAUAGAAUUAAAUGAAUCCAUAUCUAUUUUGAGUUCUUGGCUUUACCACUGAAACGUGGCUUUAUACUGUGUAACGUGUAAACCAACAUAUUCUAUAGUGCCAGUGUAGAGUAACUGUGGGUUGUUGUUCUGAACUACUAUGAUGUUGGAGACUGGUGACGCGUGCCAUGUAGCGAAUCUGAAAUUUUUCUUUUUUUGAAAAGGUUGCAGCAUUCUAUCACUACACCACAUCUUGGCACAUCUGUCAGCACAUUUAACUAUAAGGGUUUUUAUUCCCGAUAUGUUGUGUCCUUAAUAUCUACUUUAUUACCCAUGUACAUUGUUAUUCAGUUGUCAAUGUUCAUCCCUCUGAAAGGCAUAUAUUUUGCUGGGACCUCUGUCUUAUACAUUCAUUGCCUUAAAAAACUGCCUAUGUGUCAUCACCUUUAGCACUGUGAACAUAAUCCCCAGUGCACUGAAACUAACAGCAGCGACCAGAUCAAUGAUUAAUAAGGCACAAUAUUGUCAGAGGCGUUGGCAGUGUAACAUAAUAUUGUCGACACACUCCCGUGGGGCCUGUAACCUUGUCCUUGUGCUCGAAAUCAGCUUGCAGCUUUGAGGCAGAGACUGAAGGAAUGAGCACAGCACGGACAUUUUUGUCAUAUUGUUAUCUGUUGUUUAUACUGUACUAGUUAGUCUCCUGUGGUAAUUGCUUUGAAGGACGAGAAAGGGGGCUCAGAAAGGGGGAUAGGAGAAAGGGAAAAAUAACCUGAAGGGACUUAUUUCUUUGCAGAAUCUCAGAAUAUUGACAAUAUGUUGAGGUAAUCGUUUUUUCAUGACUCUUUAUUUUUUUAUGUGUCGACCUCUGCAGGCCUCUAUUCUUCUUCAAAGCAGUUUGUGGUGUAAUUCACUCCCUCUGUUGUGCAUGCAUUGCACCACAUCAGUUCAGCUGCACUGCCCAAAGCACAAGAGAGUCCUGAGUCAUUUUAUUGCAUCACUGCUGUUAAGAUAAAAAAAAAACAAGCCCUUUAUUAUAAUCAAUCCAUUAUCCUGUGUGGGACAUAUUUCAGACACCAGUGAGGAUUUUUAAUGUGUCUUGUCAUGUGUUUUCGUUAAUUUAUCAACUACUGUUUGUCCAUAGGAAGAAAAGGGAUAUAUUUGGAAAUAAACAAUUUUUUGUAUCUUGUUUUGAAA